CGUGUCUAUGUUUACGUUUUGUGUAAUGUGUGUUACUUAAAAUUAAACAUUGAGCCACAUAAUAAUCUAUAUAUAUUUGAAACAAUAAAUAUAUAAAAUGUUAUUACAACAAGCUUUACAAAAAAAAUUCAAAUAUGAUAAUUUCAAAAGUGAUUUACAAGCACGUGCGACAUCAGCUAUCAAUGACAGAAAAAAUGACGUUUAUGUUUGUAUGCCAACUGGUGCUGGAAAGUCAUUAUGUUUUCAAUUGCCAGCAACAUUAAAAGAAAAUUCCGUAGCACUAGUUAUUUCACCUCUUCUAGCUCUUGUUAAAAAUCAAAUAGAUUUUUUAAAUUCUAAAGGAAUAAAAGCACAUGCGUUAAAUUCAAAAACUAGUACUAAAGAAAAGUCUGCAAUUAUGAAAGAUAUAGCGAGUAAAAAACCAACAAUUAAAUUAUUAUAUAUCACACCUGAGAUGUGUGAUCAAACGCACUUUCAACAUUUGCUAGAAAAUAUGUAUAAAUUAAAAACAAUAUCGUACUUUGUAAUUGACGAGGCUCAUUGUCUAAGUCAAUGGGGACAUGACUUCCGACCUACGUAUAGAAAAUUAAAUGUAUUGAGAAUAAAAUGUCCUGAUGUACCGAUAAUUGCACUUACUGCUACUGCUGCUAAAGAAAUUGUACAAGAUAUUUUUUCAAGCUUGAGCAUGAAAAAUCCACUGAUAUUUUCCGCUCCAGUAUUUCGGGAAAAUCUUUUUUAUGACGUAUGGUUUGUAGACGCGAUAUCAAACCCACUUGAUCAUUUGAUAAAUUAUAUUUUUGAAGCUCUUGGGUCAUUCGAUGACACCUCAAUGUCGGGUAAUAAUAAAAAUUGUGGGAUUAUUUACUGUCGUAAAAAAGAGGCUACCGAAAUAAUUGCCGAAAAAUUAACUGCUGCGGGAAUUCCUACGUUGGCUUAUCACGGAGGUUUAAAAAGCAGCAGCCGAACUGAAAUUCAAGAUAAAUGGACCUCUGGCGAAGUGCCAGUUAUUGCAGCAACCUGCAGCUUUGGAAUGGGAGUAGACAAGGGAUCAGUCAGGUUUGUUAUUCACUGGACAAUUCCACAAAGUAUUGCCGCUUACUAUCAGGAAUCUGGUCGAGCUGGUCGUGAUGGCAAGCCAGCAUUCUGUCGUAUUUAUUACAGUAAUGAAGAACUUCGUGCGAUAUCAUUUUUAUUGAAAAAUGCUGAUCAUGAAAAAAAUAUCGAUGUGGCUAAACAUCGGUUUAAAAACUUUGAAACUCUAGUUUCUUACUGCCUUGAACCUAAAUGUCGACAUGCAAGAUUUUCACAAUAUUUUGGUGAUCUGCCACCGCAAUGUAAAGAUCGGUGUGAUGUUUGUAAGGAUGAAAAAGAUGUGAAACAAAGAAUUGCCGAAUUUGAUUUAUGUCAGUCACGAUCACAUAAAAGAAAAGGAUCAUAUGAUCAUGACAGUAUUGCACUUUCAAAAUAUGAUUAUGAAGAUGACGGCGGUAGUGAAAUUUCUAGAGACGCUUUAGAGGCUAGAGAAAAACGUGAAGCAAAAGCUAUUAUUGACCAACAAUUUGCUCUCCGACGUGGCGACAAUGACGUUCAUGAUAAAAUAAGACAGCAAAAUAAAAUUGACGCUAAAAAAUCACGUGUCAAAGCUGCCGAAAGUACUGACCGUAAGGUCAAAGGAUUGACAGUUCAAGUUCGUGAAUAUUGUCUGUCACAAUUAAAAGAUGCAUUGUUUAAGAAUUUAAAAUCUUGCCAAGAUUUUGAAUUAAUUGCUGACUUAACAGAGACAAAUGUUGAUGAUAUAGCCCGCGAAUUGGAAUACCAAAUUUUAUGUCAGACGAAAUUGGCCAAUAAAUAUAAGCUCAAUAUAUCAAAUGAGGUUACGGCAAUUCGUCAGUGUGAAAACAAUAAAAUCUUACACGAAAGUUUCGAUACUUUAAAUAAACCAACCAAAAUGCCAAAUCAUUACGGCGGAUUUGUCACUUGUACAGAAUUAAUUGAAAUGGAAAAUAAAAAUAAAAAAAACGAUAAAAAUUUAAUGAACAAUCUGUCAAUUAAAAAUAUUUCAAGAGCGACAUUCAAAAGUGCACUAGAAUUAAAAAUAGAAGAAGACCAUGAGAAAAAAUACAAUAAAAAUAUAUUUAAAAAUGAAAUUUCCAACGGAGCAAUCGGUGAUAAAGUAAAAGAAAAAAAAGAAGAAGAAGAUAUAGAAGAUAGCGAGUUAAAAAAUUUGAAAAAAUUAAUUUACAAUAAUUCACAUGAUGAAAUUAAAAAUAAACAUUUAAAAAUAAUCGAUAAAAAAUCAGUUGAUUUUUUGAGUGAUGAUUCAAGUAAUUGUAAAUUAAAUUUUAAUUCUAGUAAAAUAAUUGAUAAGAAAAAUGAUAAAAAUAAUUUUGAAUUAAAUUUACAAGAGGAUUUUAAAAAUAAAAAAAAAAAUAAUGAAAGUGCGGCGAAGAAACGACCGACGAAAAAAAAAAUAAAUCAAGAAGAAAAUUCUCUACUAAAAUAUAUGGUAGUAAAAAAAAAUUCCGAUGAAAAAAAAAAUUCGGAUGACAAAAGUAACCAAAAUUCCAGUGUCACUUCGUCAAAUGAUUCCGAGGUUUUGAUAAUGGAAGACAAUUUAAAAUCAUUAAGUAGCGAUAGUAAAAAAAUAAUUAACGGUGACGUGAUGAAUGAUAAAGCCAAUAGAAACAAAAAAACCAAACGUUCAAAUUCUUCACCUAUGUCUUCUGAAACGACUGAAAUAAAACGGCCAAAUAAACGGAGCAAAAAUGAUAAUUUGUCUAUAACAUCGGCUUCUUCGUCUUCGUCGUCGUUACUGAGGCCGAUGUCUGAUAAAAAUAAUAAGAGUAAAAAAAAUAAAGCCGAUGAAAGUGAUAGUAAUGAAAAGUUAGAUAGCGCUUGUGAGAAAAAAAAAUUACGAUUUGAUACGGCUAAAAUAUUGAAAGGAUAUCUUAUGAAAUUUUAUCCAUCGAAAAGAAUUCCUGAUAAAGAAUCAUUUACUAAAAUUUGUCGAGGGAUUCAUGUACUGAUAAUGGAUAAAAAAAUAUUUGCUGAACCGGAUAUUUACAAAUUUGUACGGACAUAUUUACGUGAGAACACAAGUAAUCCCAGUGGAUAAAAAUAUUUUUAAAAAAGUUACAACUUUACCUCAUUAACACUAAUAAUAAAUAAUAAUAGUAAUCAGUACCUAAAAUAAAAUUGUUAAUUUAAAUUUAAAUAAUCGUUCAUUGUAAAAUAUUGUUUUGUCUUAUUUAUUGCU